GUGCUUGAUGCCUUUUUUAACGCGAGCAUGUGAACGGAUCUCGAGACUCGACUUUUCGACUUGGAACAUCUCGUGAGAAUUAAUGUACGCAGUAGGGACAAUCGCAGAGGUGGAAUUUUAUUUUUAACGGUACGACCGUAUAUUUGUUUAUGCGAAGUUUCUGAUGAACGUGUGAUUUGUUCGUUAAUGGUUGUCGUUUUUACCGAUCGUUCGGUCGUGCCUGCCUCUGCCUGCUGCCGCGAAUGUGGAUACUUCACGGUGUGCCGUACUGCUGCUACCGCCGCUGUACGUUUGAAGUACUCUCCUCGGCUGAUUGCCUUCGGAUUUUAACAAAUCUUUCACAUUCGUGAAUGCUUUGAAACUGGUUCGUUAUUGUACCAGACUCCGCCGUGAUUGUCACUUGAUAGCAACACCCGAGGCGCCAAAGCUGUCCGCAUCGGCGCUUUCUUUAGCCCAAGUGGUAUCAAUGUUGUCUGGCAAUGGUGUGUAAGGAGAACGUAGUAUCAUGGUUUGGGAAUCUGUCCAGUUAUAAACGCAUCGAUGUCAUGUGCACAUUACUAAAUAUGUGCCUGCCAUUUGAAGUACGAUAUCUUGGCACUUGUGUAGAGGAUAUUGGUAAACGGGAUUAUAAUGAUCUUCGUGACACAGAACAUCAUGCAAACAGUGCCUCUGACCUUGCCGAGUUAACAACCUUAGGUGUGGCAGAUAAACGCACACGAAGGAAACUUGCUCUCUAUAUGGCAUUAUUACAUUCUUGUAAUUAUGCAUGUGCUGUCAUCUUAUAUAAGAAUUUAUCAAAUUUUGACUAUCAAGAAAUCUCCAAUCUAUUAAAUGGGACCACCUUUACACCGGAUGAUCAACCUUUAGAAGAGCUACUCUUGUUGUAUACAAUGGCUUUAAAUCAUCCAGCAUUUACAUAUGAGCAGAAAAGUGUUUUCGGUAACAUUUACAUUAAACUUCAAGAAGAAGAAGCUCGUCUGAAUCUCUCAAAAUCAAAUUCAUCCUAUAAACAAGCACAAGGUUGCACGCCAUGUAUAAAUACAAAUGAAAGAUUAAUGGAUACAGAAAUGCAGGGCAGUUGUAUGAUAGCUCCACCUCCAAUGCAAACUUAUCACGGAGAAAUGACAAUGAGAAAUAAUACCAUGGUAACUGGAGUUCCUCCUGGUCUUUCUAUGCCUCCACCUGGAUUAUGCCUGCCAACUCCAGAACAAAUGCCAAUGGGAUCAGGUGGUGCAACACAAUACCUUCAUCUUGGCUUUCCAUCAGUAAAUCAUAUGCCACCAUGGACAGGUCAGGUUAUGAUGGGGAAUCAACUGAUGUAUCACUCUGGCGACAUGUUGGCUUAUCCACCUUCCCCCUUAGUCAGCCGUCAAUCGUCACCAUCCCAGUCUCGAUCUCCUAGUCGCAGCAAUUCCCCAAUGGGUCGCAGAAAUAAUACAAUGCCACGCACCUCUUCGCAAGUGACUCAAUCUACUUCAAAUACCUUAACAACGUCAACGAGUGCCUCUAACAGUCAGACAAGCAUCUGUAGCUCAAAUGCCAAUUCCCUUCCUCCACUUCCCACAUUGGGUACGAACAGAAGUCAUCCUAGUCAACCUCCAUUGCUUCCAUCACGCUCUGUUCCCUUGUCUAUCAGCAGUUCUACUACUUUUUCACGGCAUAAUAGCAUCGAGAAUACCCCUUCUACCUUAAUUCCGGCAGCACCUCAAUCAAAACAACCACCACCACCACGGCUGCGGUCUUCAAUUUCUGGUGAUUCUUUACGAGAAACAUUAGGAAAGGAAAUGCCAAAUUUCAAAGGCAAUUUGCAGAAUUUUUCUCUUGACGAGAUUCGAAGAAUGAGCGAUGAGGACUUGAGAGAAAUAGGAUUAACGCCGAAUGCUGUAGGACAAUUGCGAAGUAUAGUUAAAAGUCAAACCACUAAUGGUUUAAAUCAAAUUUCCACUGAUAAAAAAUUAGAAAGUACUACUAGCACAACACAUACAGUAGUAGAUCCAGCUGAAAAUGAGGCUAUACCAGGAAUGGAGAUGUUGAAUGAUAAUGGAAAUCAAAGCAGUAAGUCAAUGCCCUUACAGGAACAGCAUCCAGCGAUGCAUCAUCAUCAUAAUCAUGCAGCCACUCCUAAUUUACGGCGAUAUCCUAUGCCACCAUUAGAUCCUGCGCAAAUACAAAUGUAUCCUGCACCACCACCGAUGUAUGCUGCACAGAAUGCACCAUGUUAUGCCUGUCUUACAUUACCUGUUGCCGGGGUACAAAAUCGAUACUCAAGGUGCAAUGCUCAACACGUAUAUUGUUUAACACAAUUACAAGCCUUGAGGUUAGACCCUGAGGGCAGCAGGCAUUGUUCACAGAGCAGUAGUUCCGAUAGUACUGGUAGUAGAUCUCCGCCGGAAACUCCUCCAGCAGCACCGUGGGUGAGCGGAAGUGAGAGCAAUGCACCGCCAGUUACUGAUCAUCUCAGCUCUGCACCAGUACAUUCUACAAGUGCAGUUUCACAUCCAGUAUCCCAACAGCCUAUACAAUCUGGCCCGGAAAGGCAACGUACUAGAAGAAAUCAGGCACAUGUGAUGCGUCAUAAAAAUCAAAUGGUGAACGGCGGUGGACCCCCAAAUCUAUCACAAUGUGUUUCCUUUCCCGCGCCACCAUCGCAUUCGCAGGUCACAUAUCUGCCGCAUGGUUUCCCGGCUUUGAGACCGAGUAGUGGUAUUUAUUCUAACUUCUCACAUGGACCGUAUGCAAGGCCAACUUAUCCAACCACGUAUCAACCUAAUGGUGAAAUGAUGUAUCAAUAUCCUGGACAUCCAUCUUCGGGAGGAACACCACCACCUCCACCAAAUGCAGCUACAACACCUGUUCAGACGCCAUAUAUGCCACCUACUCCAGUUGUAACAUACGCACCAGCUGCCGUCCCACCAACGAAAAUUUCGUGUUAUAAUUGUGGCAGUAGUAGUCAUCUUGCAGUUGAUUGUAAAGAUCAAACUAUGGAGGAUCUUACUAAAAAAGCUCAAUACCGUCUAGAUUAUAGUAUAAUGAAACAACCUGGAGAGUGCCCAAGUUCUGACAAGUGAUCCCCUGCCGUGGACCAUUCAGCAAUUUAUCAUUAUCAUCAUUACCGUAAUUACCGUUACCAUCAUUGUCACUAUUAUUAUUACUACGAUCCCGCCACAGCAAUACAACCUAAGUACCGUUCAAAAGAUGACUGCUAUCGCUCCUCAUGCAAGUUUUCGGUGAUUUUUGUAGACAUCCCUAAUAUUCAGGAUGACGAUUUUUUAACAAAGGAAGUUUCGCGAUUCACGGUACCAGGUAUACUUUUUACAAGUUCUUAUUUAUGAUAGUAAUUCUUAAUUAUGAUUGUAAAAAGAUGUAGCGUCAUGUACAAAAGAAAACAGAGAAGCAUAACCCAGAAUGCUCUUAUCUAUGUUUUUAGAAUACAUUUUGAAAGGUUUUUGUUAGGUAUUGACUCGUGUCUUACCCCAACGAUACCUAUGAAUUACAUAUAAACAUACACACACAUACACACAGCACGCCUCAACCCAAUUUCUCACUAUUUCUCUAGUAACUAGCCAUAAACGAAAUACAAGAAAAAAAGAACACAUUGUGCUCUGAUUAGAUGAGACUAUCAUGUUUGACUAUAUUUAUCAUUGAUACUUUUACUUCUACUAGUAUGUCUAUACUAUCACUAUUACUACUAUUACUAUUAAACUAUUACUAUUACUUCUAUUAUCGCUACUGAGCCACGACAUUUUUAUGUAUACAUAUUUUCUCAAUUCUUAUGUGCGCAAUGUUUGAACGAGUGCAAAAGUGAAUGAUCAGAGUAAGUAAGAAAAAUUAGAAAGAGAAAUGAAUAAUGCACUAAGAAAGUGAGAAUAAGCAAGGAAGGAAGAAAAGAAGGAAGAAGGAAAAAAAGACGGAAAGAAAGAAAAGAAAAAGAAAGAACGAAUGAACGAACGAACGAAAGAAAGAAAGAAAGAAAGAAAGAAAUGGAGAACGAAAAAAUGAAAGAACAACAAACCAUAAGUGUUCGAUCGUCUAGCUGCCUUUGCGCUCCUGUGUGUAUAAAACUAUAAAUAUACGCCGCUCACCACUCAUUUAUUAACUUAUGAAUAGUUAAUUAAAUAACAAUAUAAUUCUCAUCCUAUUUAUAAAUAGUCAUGCAAUCACGUGCAACUUAAGCAAUUUUAUACGAGUUUUAUUGAUCGCCCAUCUUUUUUAAGUGUAAGCAAUGCGUUAUAUGCGUUUAAAAUCUAGUAAGUAAUAAAGAAAAGAAAAGAAUAAUGACUCGAGUAUGAACUAGUGUUAGUGGUAUGAGUGGAGUGGCAAUAUGCGCUAGAAUCAUCUUGUCAACAAGUUGCUACUGCAUUUAAAACAAUUUUUAAUUAAAAAAAAAAUAAAAUAAAAAAAAACAUUAUUAGUAUGUAUCGAUCUAAUUAUAUUAGAAAUGCAUAAUUUGGCAACUCUUUGUCUAAUUCUCACACUUAUGAUGACUCAUAAUUUUUAAUUUGUAAGGCUCUCAUACUAUGUACUUGAUCUAUGUAAAAUAGAUCUUAUAGAUAUCCAAAUUGAUAGGAAUCGAAGAAAAAAAAGAAGAAGAAAAAAAGAAAAAAAAUUAUAAAAAUGAACGAGAGUGGAUAUGCGUGACUUUGAACAUACAUGCAUUUAAAAAUUCUUUUUCAAUAGCUCUUGGAUACAAAGAAUUUCUCGGAUGUUCCUGUUUUUGGUUAGUAAUGAAUUUUUUUUUGGCAGCUAGUCAAUAGCCACACAAAUUUUGAAAUUAACAUUUUAGAGUUAGUGUUUUGCAAGGAUAAAAGUUUGACAAGAAGGGAAAGUUCGGUGUUGAUAAUUUUAAUAUUAUUUGAAUCUGAUUUAUUAAUUUUAUUAUGAUAUGUAAUUCAUUUUAAUGAUAUUGUUUUUCAUAUUGUAUUAUUGUGAACACGUGAAAAUUGAAAGGUUGAAGAUCGUUCGAAUUCCAAAAAGAAAGUCAAAAAUUAAUAGGGAAAAAGUAAUAUUGAUAUGAAUCAUAUAUAAUACAAAUUAGUCAAACUUUUGUCAACUUUUUAUAAGAAGUUCGACUAUAUCGUAAUUUACUAGAGUCUACUUAAUUCGACGUUUAAGUAAUAUUUAGUGAAAGUACUAUCUUUGUUUAAUAUCCGGUGUUUUCAUAUCGA